AUGCCUGAUUCAAUCGCCGAACCUCAUAUAUAUCCACUCUUUCAUACCCGUUCCACAUCGAUAGACCAGCACCUUCCCUCUCAGCACGUCACUGCCCAGAACAAGGAACGCGAAGAAGACCCGGACGCCGUUGAACUAGAAGACUUUGACGACCAGGAGAAGCCUCGAAGUAUACUUAUUCCGCCCAAACAAGAGGAGGAGGACCAUUUUAUCGAGUCGGAAGAUUCUGAAAGGGACCACCUUGUCACCGCGGAAGGUUCCGAGUCACAGAUGAAACGCAACAAGUCCAAAAAGAUCAAGGACAGAAGAUCACCUUCACGGCCGGACCUGCGAAUAGAUACGGCUAGUAACGGGCAUGCGAAUGGCCGGGCAAACGGUACAAUGGACAAACAUAUCGAAAUGAGGCGAAAACACGUCUCGAACGAUGAGUCGACGCCCAACGCGACAAGGAUUAUGAGCCGAGAUGAUUUUAGCCUCGACAAUGAGCCGCUGUCACCUAUAUCGCCGCAGACACCAGGCAUGGUCAAUACGAGUUUCUCAAACUUGCCAGUGAAAGACAAGCGAAAUUUCCUCCUGCUAUGCCUUCUCUACUUUCUCCAGGGUAUACCUAUGGGCCUUGCAUCUGGGUCUGUUCCUUUCCUCCUCAAGAGCUAUCUAUCUUACGGCCAAAUCGGCAUUUUCUCCCUCGCCAUAUACCCAUACUCUCUAAAACUAUUAUGGAGUCCGAUCGUGGAUGCCGUAUGGAGUCGGCGCUUCGGUCGGAGAAAGAGUUGGAUCACCCCAAUACAAACAAUAUCCGGACUGUCCAUGAUCUAUCUCGGAGGGAGAAUUGACGAGCUUAUGAAAAAGGCUGGUGAAAGAGACGGUUCCGGGGUCUGGGGCUUCACGGGCUGGUGGUUUCUCUUGGUCUUUCUUUGCGCCACGCAGGACAUUGCCGUGGAUGGGUGGGCAAUCUCUCUUCUGUCUAUGCAAAACAUCUCAUACGCAUCCACGGCACAGACAGUUGGACUGACAGCGGGAUCCUUCCUGUCUCACACCGUGUUCUUGGCUCUACAAGCACCAGAUUUUGCCAAUGCAUGGUUCAGAACUGUGCCUCAAGAUUAUGGGUUGUUCACGCUUGGCGGCUACAUGGCUUUCUGGGGUUGGGUUUACCUCCUGGUGACGUUGGCAAUUGCUGUGAUGAAAAAAGAGGACAAGACGAACGAGCGAGACGGUAUCAUGGAGGUCUAUCGCAGCAUGAUAGCUGUUAUGAAAUUACCCAACAUCAUCACCAUUGUGGUUAUUCACCUGGUCGGCAAAUUGGGGUUUGUGACCAACGAUGCAGUCACAAACCUGAAGUUACUCGACAAGGGAUUUGGCCAAGCGAAUAUGGCUCUGGUUGUUCUGAUUGAUUUUCCGUUCGAGCUGGGUCUGGGAUACUACGCUGGGAAGUGGUCUACCGAGUAUACGCCUCUCAAGCUAUGGUGUUGGGCAUAUGUUGCACGACUUCUUGCGGCCGUCUUUGCUCAAUUCACCAUCAUGAUCUAUCCGACGGCGGUCAAUGAGGCCGUUCCCCUCUGGUACAUGUUUGUGGUCAUCGCUGAGCAUGUCUAUUCGACGUUCAUGAACACAGUCAUGUUUGUAGCCGUGUCUGCAUUUCAUGCUCGGAUCGCCGACCCUGCCAUUGGCGGAACGUACAUGACUCUCUUAGCUACUGUUUCCAAUCUCGGCGGGACGUUCCCCAAAUUCUUCAUACUCAAAUUCGUCGACAUGUUCACCAAAGCGACUUGUCUACCCCCCGCGGAUCCAGAUGCGUUCAGCAAAGCUCACCCAGAUGUCACACCGAUCACGAGUCAGUUUAGCUGUGCCCUUGAAGCGGAAAAGAACAUCUGCCUGAAAGGUGGUGGCACCUGUCUCAUGCAACGCGAUGGAUAUUAUAUUACGAACGUCGUCUUUGUUCUCAUUGGUGCUGCCCUCUUUUGGAUGUAUAUAGAGAAGAAAGCGCUGGCGUUGCAGAGUCUGCCAUUACGAGCAUGGCGGGUUCAGGCUGAUUCAUCGUAUCAUCGUGUGGCGACUUGA